GAGGAAACACCAUAAAAGGAUAUCUGUGGAUGAUCUUCCUUCAAACAAAUAUGACAAGAACAACGAGCUUCAGUUUCCUACAGUCACUCUGCCAAGUGUCACUUUCACAAAGGACCUAAAAAAUCACUAAUAUAAAGAUGCAAAAUAGCAUGAUUCAAUCUACUAGACAACAAAUAAGGAAAUUUGGUGGUUGUUGAAUUCUCUGAACUGUAUGAGCCAUUGGAUGUCACCCAACUGCCUCAAUUGCACGAGAAGACAGCCUAUGAAAACAUUUGACAAACUCUAGACCUUAGAAAACCAGAGAAACGAAAUCCUAGCAAAAAUGGAAACCAACUUCACCACCCCUUUUUCAACAUUAGCAAAUAUGACCUGUGACCUGUAUGCACAUCGAAAUGUAGCGAAGUUCUUAAUGCCUCUUCAUUACAGUACUGUAUUCAUCAUUGGACUUCUUGGUAACCUACUAGCCUUGUCUGUCAUUUUUCAGAACAGAAGAAAAAUUAACUCUACCACCCUCUAUUCAACAAAUCUUGUAAUUUCUGAUAUACUUUUUACUACUGCUCUGCCAACCCGGAUAGCCUACUACGCAAUGGGAUUUGACUGGAAAAUUGGUGAAAGCUUGUGUAGGAUAACUGCUCUUAUAUUUUACAUUAAUACCUAUGCAGGUGUGAACUUCAUGACUUGCUUGAGUAUUGAUAGGUUCUUGGCUGUGGUCCACCCUCUUCGAUAUAACAAGAUGAAAAGAAUCAAACAUGCCAAAUGUGUAUGCAUAUUUGUCUGGAUUCUUGUAUUUGCUCAGACACUCCCACUACUCAUACAUUCUAUGUCAAGGGAAGAAAAUGGAAGGACAACAUGCAUGGAAUAUCCAAAUUUUGAAGAAAUAGACCAUCUUCCUUGGAUUCUACUUGGUGCCUGUUUAAUAGGUUAUGCUAUUCCACUUGUAAUCAUACUGAUUUGCUAUUCUCAAAUAUGUUGUAAACUCUUCCAAACUGCUAAACAAAAUCCACUAACUGAAAAAUCUGGGGUGAACAAAAAGGCUCUCAACACAAUCAUUUUCAUAAUUAUUGUAUUUAUUGUCUGCUUCACCCCUUAUCAUGUUGCAAUUAUCCAACAUAUGAUUAAGAAGCUACAAAAAGAACCAGAUUGUAAAGAACAACAUAUAUUCCAGAUUUCCCUCCAUUUUACUGUUUGCCUGAUGAACUUCAACUGUUGCAUGGACCCUUUUAUAUAUUUCUUUGCAUGCAAAGGUUACAAGACAAGGGUUAUGAAAAUGCUGAAACGUCAAGUUAGUGUAUCAAUUUCAAGUGCUGUCAGGUCAGCUCCUGAUGAAAACUCACGUGAGAUGACAGAAAAUCAGACAAUGAUCCAUUCUAAGUCUUUAAAUGGAAGGUAAAGAAGAAUAAAAUCUUGUAUUUACAAGAAAAAAUAUCUGUUCAACAUACCUUCAGAACCUCUUUCACUAGGUAACGUGAAUUUUCAGAGUUCAAAAGGGGAUAGUUACUUACAAAGUAAUGGGUAUGUUAAAAAAGAAAACACCAAAGUAUUACCCUAAAGACAGAAUGCCAUGUGACAAAAGCCGUUCAGCUAUCCGUAAUUGCAAUGAUACUAAGAUGUGACAAAUCUAAAAAAUUACUCUUCCCUAUGUAUUUUGAGAACUGGAUUAACUGAACUGAGUAAAGAGAGAAGUAAUUUAAUAAAUACAGAAGGAUUUGGGUGCCCACAACAACUGAAAAAGAGAAAAACCAACAAAGAAUUACUGUAUUAAAUUAUAUGACUAUCCUUAAUCAUAUUCUUGCUACACCGAGGACCCAUGAUAUCCUGAUUGUAGGGAACUUUAAUUGUAGGAAAUUCCUCCACCUAAAGCUUAUCUAUAAUUUAGUAAGUAACUCCUUGGAGUCUCUUGAAGCACUGAAAGAUUAUGAGACUUGUCCAGAGUCACUGAGAAGCAAGCCUUGAAUCAGUCUUUCCUGACUCCGUGUCGAGACCUCAAAACACAAUGCAAUCAAUGUUCAUUUGCCAAUCAAAUAAAGUACUAUAUGUGUUAAUUGAUCAUUUACCUUGUUAUAAAAUAAAAUGGAAUUUUAUUUGAUGGAAUUAAAGGAAUUGUUUUAAAAUAAAAACCUCUAUAACAAUUACUGAUAGCAUUAUCAUUUAUAAAAUUUAAACCUGCUGUAAGAUAUUUAUGUAAAUAUUAAAAGUUAAUAAAAUUAUAGUCAGAAAUUGUGAUUACUUUCUAAGAUAACUAUUAUCUCUUUCAUGUGUUUAGAUCUUUAACUUGGAGAUUAAGAAAUAAAUAUGCAUUUUAUAUCUCAAAGCAACAAUAUAGAACUUUUAAAUGAACCACAAAAAAUUAAAAAUCUACUUUAUAAAUGAGAAAUGAUGUCUGUAGGACAGAAUCUCUAUAAUUGCCAACUGUUUCUGAGUUAAUGAAAACUAGGAAUUUUAAUAUGCCUUAAUAAUAAUUUAUAGUUAGAAGACUGAUUAAGUUGGCUAUAUGAGAUCACAGGAAGAAUAAAUUGCCCUCAAUAGACUAAUCUCUAUUUUUAUAUUAAGAAAGAUUUUGUUUGUUUUCUUAAAAAAACAAUGCUAUAAGUAUAAUGAUCAUCAACAAAAAUGAAUAAUCCAGUUAAAAUGUAAAAUAAACAGAAAACUCAUAGUACUUUACAGGCUAGAAACAAAUCAAUUUUUUAAAAAAGAAACAAAUAGAAAUGCUUUCAGUGUGUGUUCCGUCUGGGUACCUCUUCCUUUGUUUCCCUUCUUUUUAAUAUAGUUAAUGUGUAUAUCUUGUAUAUUUUCAAUGUAAAAAUGUUAAUAUAUUCACUUAAUAAUGCAUUUUUUAUAAUCCUGGAUACUAAAAAAUGUGUUUAUUUGGCAUUUUUUAAUUCCAAAACUUUGUUUCAAAUAAAGACCUGAAUAUU